CCCGACCUAAUGAAAUCCAGAUUAAGGCCCACUAAAUAUUUCAUUUCCCGUUUCUUCACGACCUUUUGCCUUCCCACUUAGCAAAGGAUCGCCUUGGCUCGCUCAUCCAUCAGAGUAUCAGACUGUCAUGGCGGAAUCUGCACGUUCAGAAAAAUGUCCAAACAUCAAUGAGAAAGCUAAGAAAGAGGUUCACCAUGACAAGGAAACACAUGGAAAGAGUGGAGAAAUUGAUGAGAACACACCAGUUGAUGAAAUCAAGGGACCAAAUGUGUUUGAGCGUGCUAAGGAAGAAAUUGAGGCGGUUGUCAAUGCAAUUCUUCGUGAAGGAAAAUGCCCAAACAUCAUUGACAAAGCUAAGAAAGAGUUUCACCAUGUCAAGGAAACCCAUGGAAGGAGUGGUAAAGUUGAUAAGAACACACCAGUUGAUGAAAUUAAGGGACCGAGUAUGUUUGAGCGAGUUAAGGAAGAAGCUAGUUGAGGCUGUUGUCGGAGCAAUUCUUCAUGGAAAGUGAUUCUUCAUUUCGGAUAUGGUUCUUAGGAACACUCAUUGUCACUGAGAAUGUUAUUAUUAACGUAUUUAAGUCUUGAUGUUUUAUUAAAUAGUUUAAUGAUGUUUGUGUAUCAUCCUCAUCUGUAUUUGGUAUUCUCAUGUAUAUAAUCAUGUGGCAUAGCUCUAUUAAGCACUCUAUUAUUUGUACAUGAAAAGCACUCCUAAUUAAUUUGGUAUUCUCACUAUUUUAAAAAUUCAUGUCUAUCAUCCUCUUCGGGGCAUAGUUGACCUUGUAGGGAGAGGAUGUUGUAAAAGAG